UCUUUUUUGACCCAUUUCUGAUCAGACCAAAAGUUUGUUAAAUAGAAAAAUAGUAGAUAGUAGUACUCAGUGCAGUAUUCAGGAAGUACACUACAUUCCAAACACAUCAAAAAAUAGGGUGAAAUUAGUUCAAUCUCAUAUGCAUAAACACACACACACACACACACACACAUGCAAUAUAUCAUUGAGGUCAACAUGUUUUUAAGGUCAUGACAAACAAAUUCCGUCAUUGUGUCAAAACCUUUGACUGCUGCUGUAGAUAGAUCGAUAACACACAUACAAACAUGUGUUUCCAUAUGAAAUGAAAGCCGUGACACUCAUCUGAGCUGCUGGGUUUGAUCGCCCCUGUUUUGCACAGUCAUAACUGGAAAGACCCUGAUCAAUAUAUGCAGUGUGUGUGUGUGUGUGUGCAUGCUUCCGCAGUGAACCGGUGGGAACAGCACGUGUUUGACAUAUACGUUGAGCAGAGGUGUAUUACUCAUACGUGAGCAGCAGUGGGUCUUCACACACACACACACACACACACACUGCAUGCGUCAGCACUGCAUUGUUUGUUCCAUUACAGUCGAAUUGAAACUGUAGCUUCCUGCUCUGCUGUACCAACUGAUUAGAAACACUAAUAAACUCACACAGAAUGAUGAAAGAUCGACCACAACACAGUCCUGCGCUGUUUUAACGCAACUGGUAUUUUUAUACUCGAAUGUACUAGAAAGUUCAGCUCGUAACUCUUUUACGUGACAUCGAGCGCUGUCUGGGCUCUGAGGGGGAGGAUGAGGGCAGUGUUUGGGGGAUGGAGGUUCUGGACAGCAGAGAUGCUCAGGAUAAAAUAAGCCUGACGGCCAGCGAGGGGACGGAGCCCGGCAGUCCCGCCCCGUGUGCCCUGAGUCCCCCGGCGGAGAGCUGGAUCCACACCCAGAACACACCCCGCAAAGACCCCGAACACUGCGACGGCAGCAUGUUCAGUCAGACUGACGCUCAUGUGAUCGACGACGCGCCGCAUUACCAAUCCGUGGUGCAGCUGAGGAAAGUGUCGCACCUGCUCAGCCCGAUUCACGUACAACAACACAACGGGUCCGUGAGCUCAUACCAUUUAGACGGCGUUCACGACGACAUGUCGCCUGUCUGCUGGUCACCGGGAGAACACGGGUCACCUGAGGGCAAAGACGGCGGACCCUUAAACUCUGACGGCCCACAGACGCCCGUUCAGACAUGCCCGUAUUGCCAGCGGACGUACCGGCGUGACGCGUCUCUGAGGGAACAUAUGAAGUUCUGCCAGGACCGGGAUGGAGGAGACAGCGUUUGCCCUCUCUGCGGGUUCAGUACGCCGUACCGCGCACAGAUGGAGCGGCACCUUAUGCUCCACAGCCAGACCCACGAGAAGAAUUCCUUGUCUGAGACCAGUAUGGAGAACAGGAAGUUCAAGUGUAAUCAGUGUGGAAAGGCCUUUAAAUACAAGCAUCACCUCAAAGAGCACCUGCGCAUUCACAGUGGUGAGAAGCCGUACGAGUGCUCGAACUGUAAGAAGCGUUUCAGUCACUCGGGCUCCUACAGCUCACACCUCAGCAGCAAGAAGUGCCUCAGCGGCGGCGCGGCGGCGAACGGAGCUCAUUUCAACGGACACUCCCAUCCCACGUACAUCUUCCCAUCGCCCACAUCGCCCCCUGUGGUCGGCGGGAGAAACGGCAGCCGAGGAAAAGGAUCUCCGUACGGCGCGCUGAGCCAGUACCCGCUGGAGUCCGCCGUGCCCGUUUUGAGCCGGUCGUGGGACCCCGCGGAGGAUUUGGCCAUGAGGACGGGCGUGUUCAAAGGCACCACGCUGCUGCCGUUGCUGCAGUCGCGCAGUAAGUUCGAAAACCUGCUGCAGGAGAUGCUCCGCCGGGAGGUGGGAGACGAGGCACGCAAAAACGACAGAUCGCCUGCGCACAAUAACGCACACCUGUCGCCGCCCCAGCGCGCGUCUUGGCAUUCGGUCCCGCAGCAGAUCCUCGUGCCUUUACCGACGCCCUUGCAACUAGCGCAAGAUUCCCCGCACAAACACUGGCCGGGUGAAGAAGGCGGCCCGACGUCUCCGACGUUACCUGAACGCCAGCACCUGAUUGGCUCGCGGUUUGGCUCUCCUCCUUACCUGGAUCUGUCAAUCAACACAUCUCCGCGUCAAUCAAGCCAUCAUAUUCAGAACGAACCUUUAGACUUGUCCAUCCCUAAACCUCAUUCGGCCUCCGCCGUGCCACGAGAGACCAGAACUUGUAACGGUUACUCGCCGCAGCAGGAAAGACACAACGGCGAGACCGCGUUCAAGAGACUGACUCCGCCCUCCCAGCAGCAGGUGGGCGGGGCUUAUGCAGCGUCGCCGCUGUUUAGCAGCACGGUGUUCAGCAGCUACCCUCUCUUCAAUCACAUGAUCCCGGGACACAACGGCCUGACAUCACUUCCUCUCACGCCACCAACACCAAGCCCAGGCUUCCUGUCUCCAGUGGCGUAUAUGGUGGAGGCGGAGACAGAAUCAAUGCUGAAGAGAAUCCAACAUGAAAGACAUUCAUUUAUGACUGAAGCGAUGAGUCGUGGUGGUCUGGAGUAUCUGUCGCUGAUGGAUGAUGGGAUGGACGGAGAGAUCGGCCCCGGGAGAAAGAGACUGAAAAAGACGGAGGAAGGACUGUACGCCUGCGAUAUCUGCGACAAAACCUUCCAGAAGAGCAGCUCUUUACUGCGCCAUAAAUAUGAGCACACAGGAAAGCGACCCCACGAGUGUCAAACCUGUAAGAAGGCCUUUAAACACAAGCAUCAUUUAAUUGAACACAGCCGUCUGCACUCAGGAGAAAAGCCGUAUCAGUGCGACAAGUGCGGCAAACGCUUCUCUCACUCGGGCUCGUACUCUCAGCACAUGAACCACCGUUACGCCUUCUGCAGUCGAGACAGUGACCCGGACGGACCCGGAGAGGACGCGGGCGUUCCUUACCUGAGCCCCGUCACGGAACGCGGCGGCGGCGGCACCGAGGGACCCGCUUCGGCCCUGGAGGACAGCGGCGCCUUUCUCAGCGACUCCAGCCUGGAGGGAGCGGCGCUGGAGUUCAGAGACGAGGAGGAGGAUGAGGAGGAGGAGGAAGAGGAAAACUCCCUCAGCAACCACGUUUACAGUCGAGGGAUGAGAACGGAAGGGGUUUCCCUACAGAUGAAGGAAGAGACUGCGGAAAAACCCUCUGGAAGUGAGCAACACGAAGACAUGCAGAGAGCCAACGAGAUGGAGUGAGACGAAUGACUCUUCACCAGUGUUUACCAAAGAUGUGAAAGACGCACAUUCACUGACUGACACUCUGGGAUACGCUUCGUCUUUAGUGUUCAAGCCUGUGCCUCGCGCCAGUCAGAUUGAACUGUGAACAAACACAAUCCAGUGCCAAAUAUAAACCAACGCUUCUCCAAAGACUUGAUUCAUCACCACAAUCCAGAGCGGAAAAUCACUGUGAGAGGCAGAAAUGAGUCAAGUUCAGAAGAAAUUACUAAAUAAUUACGAAAGAAAUCAAUAAAUGCCAUCAGGCAAAGAUAAGAAUGAAUGAUCUCAGAAAAACUGCCAAGAAUUGCAUCAAUUGCAUUUUGCAUCAAAAUAAUGGGGAAAAAAAUUAAAUAUGAAAUUAUAUUUUGCAUAAAGAAAAUUAUGCCUGUUUUUAGGACCAUUAAGAGUUUUCACACUGGCAUUAAAAUCACAUUACUGUAAGGGGAAAAAAUAAAAUAUAUCAUUUUUAUAUCAAUUUGAUAUUAUAUAGCAAUAUAUAUAAAAUCUCAUCUUAUGCAAAAAUAAUGCAAAAAUAUUUAUUACACAAACAUCAUGGUAUUUGUACUGCCUUUAAUAUAUGCUGUUAUAAAAAUGUAAAAAAAAAAAAAAAAAAAUUGCAUUACAAAAACUUAUUGAAAAUGUUGAUGCAAAAAUCUUAAUGGUUCUAAAAGAAGGCUUCAUUUUCUUUAUACCAUAUAUAUAUAUAUAUAUAUAUAUAUAUAUGUGUGUGUGUUUUUUUCUUUUGAUUUUAAAUUGAAACAUGACCAUAUUUACACGAGACAACCACAGAUAUUGAAAUAUUAAAUAUUUCAACAUAAAACAAGUAUUUAGAGUCUAGUAUUUCAGCAGCAUUCACAGUCGAGCAGCAGUAAUCGAGGGUUCGUUAAUGACUGGUUAGAUUAUGGAUCAUUCAGACGGCUUUUAUGGUUUUCUAUGUCAUAAUUAUCUCAGACUGCACUAUAACUCAGAACAAGAUUAAACACAGAUUUGACAUCUCUGACCUGGAAAAACAGUACAAUUGGCCGAUAAUGACAGACAUAAAAACCUCAAACCGAAGUUUUACCUUCUUUUCAGCACGAGCAGUUCAACAAACACAGACCAAAUAUUUGCAUCAAAUAAUGUGUUUUUAAAUAGUGUUCAUGUUGCAAUACUAUCAUAAAGUGUCUUUUUGAGAAAGAAAUAAGCUGGAAUACAUAUGCAUAUAGUCUGUUAUGUGUUACUCUGAAUACGACCUCAGAAACAGCUUCAUACUGCCAAUUAUGCAAGAGUUUCAUUAACAGAACAACAUCAAAAUGAAAGCGGUGCUUUUAGUCUGUCUUCAUUCAUUUAUUACUCUGCUUUUCUUCUUUAUAAAUUCUCAGUUUACCGGUAAACAUGGACCGAAAUGCUUCUUGCACACGAGAACCGUGCAGUAUUUUCACCAGUGUUAUUUUUAUACAAAUUUUAAGCUUUGUUAAAAUGUUAAUACAUAAUCUUUGUAAUAAAUUUGUACAUAUUUUGAAAAAAAAUACAGGCGCUGGAGUUUUUAUUGUGCUCUUCAAUAAGUGUUACACUAUAAUCAUCUUGCUCUAAAAGUCAAAUCUCAAGAAGCACAAUAUUGGUAAUGACUGAAGAAUGCAGUUUCACGAUUAUUCACACAGGUCGUAAAUCGGACAGCAGGAACGCUGGACUGAAAUCACCAGUCGUUUUUUUUUUUUUUUUUCCUCCAUUUUAAUGAUUUCUUUCUAAUGACAUGAAAUGACUGGCGUUGAGGUAAGUGUGUCACUUUACCGUGGUAAGGGGGGGGGAUCCCGUUUACACUACUGACUCAAAUCUGCACUGAUUUCAGGCCUCCACCUAAACAUGCUAAAAAAGUGCGGUUAAAGUCAGCCAGUCUGCAAACGGAUGUUGUUUUACAUUUUUAUAACAUAUAUAGUGGUCUCUGGGUUCAGAGAAGAGACCAAGAGACUCAAAAGAGAAGAAAAAUCGCCCACACUGUAAAAAAAGAAUGAGUCAUGGCAGCUUGUUUAUUUCAACUCAUCAAUAUAACUUAAGCAAUUUCAACUUUUUUUUAGCCUAUAAGUUAUACAAGGUACUGUACGCGCACCGCCGGAUUUUUGUAACUCGCACAUGCCCAUUUAAUUUGUUUUUCAGUAAUUAGUUUAUCCACAAGAAUUGUAAACAGGCACUACAGAAAGUACCUAUUAAAAGCAAUUUGAACCAAGUGAUUUCAGGGGGGACCCAAUUUGUCACUACACCGGAACGCAUGCAAGCUACAGCGACAAUGGAGGCCUAUAUAGAUGAGAGAUUGUGCGAAGAGGUUAGAAAGUGUCCUCAUUUGUACAACUUUAGCAUGAAAGAAUACAGAAUUGUUUACAUGGGUUGUAACUGGUGGCGAGAGAUUGCGCAUGCGUCGAACGCUUGUGUACGCAUACGAGUCAAGUGAAGUAUACUUUGCAAGGCUGUGCCUUCGACUAGCAUACAUGUAAAAAAAAAAAAAAAAAACGAAGUAUACUCUCCAACUUCUGGGGAAUCACUCAUUUCAAACAAACGCCGAACUGAGGAGAGUCUGCUAGCUAAAAGAGAAUGCGACAGAGCUCGUAAUAAAACAAGAAUCAACAUCAGCUUGGCUUUUCAGAGAUGGCGAGAACUGAGGGAUUUGAAAUGUUGUAAAAGCAACGCGGAGAUGAUGUUUUUAUUACUCAACAGGUCAGUAAUGUGUUUUAUUGAACAGAUAAAUUGCCAUAUGUAGCUCUCUAUCAGAGUUCACUGUAAAACAUGAUUGUGAAGGAUUUCAUUGUAGUCGUUGUAGCUUUGCUGGAAUUUAUUUUCAAGGAAGUAACUUACAUUGUCUAUUAAUGGGUAAAGCUACAGCAACGUCUUCAGCUAGUCAGCUUGAGAUCCUUUCCAUCUAAACUGGUUAUAUCUCGUAGGCCUAGUAGUGAAUGUUUUAUGGGCAGAAAGAUAAUAUUCAUCCUCACACCGUGUCCUAACCAGACGCGACGCAAUAAAAGGUAUCUUUUCAAUGUUAAUCGGAGUUUUUGUCCUAAUUAGCCGCGACGGCGACACGCGAUGAUUCUAUUUUAGAAACGCUUUCUAUUUUUCUUCGACGUCGCGGAUGGAACAACAACACUGUAUAGCAAUGAUAAUAUCAGGUGCUGUUUAUGUGUUUUAUUUAAUGUAAAAUGUGCUUUAUUUAAUGUUAAAAGCGUCUGAGUUUGAAUAUCAUUUUGUGUGUCUUUUAUAGCCGUACUGAAAGCAACAAUGGACAAUUUACCUCAGAUCUUCAAAAUAAAUGAAAGGAAACAAGAACGUUCAAACGAUCAACUCAUUGUGAACAGAAAAGUGUAUUCUAUGACGAAGAUUGUUUCAGUGACCAGUAAGUAUUUUUAAUAAUGUUAAAAUGUAGAGCUUGCAGAAAGCGCCGCCCACGCGCUCUUCUGAUUGGCUGUGAUUUUUUUGAUUGACUUGAUCACGUCUCGUAGUCGCAUCGCGUCUGGUGUGAACAAAUUGUUUGUCGCUGGAAUCUUAUCGCAUCGAGUCUGGUUGUCACAAGCUGUUUCCAUCCAAAGUUGCGAAUUUAACUUGUGCGCAAAUUUUGAAUAUCGCAUAAAACAUUUGCGAAUAAAGCACUGUUUCCAUCUAGUGAGUCGAAGAGAAUAAAAUCGUUACUUCCAGAUAAAUUGGCGCUAAAUACCACUAAGAAAAAUGGAAGUUGCUGCAGUAGAAGCGACUGUAUAUAAUAAUUUUCGUAUAUAAUAAAUUACUUGCGCCUCAGAGCGCGCAGACGAACCCCAAUAAACAGUCAUGUUAUCUUGCAUUCAGAUGUGUGAACACAAUCGUGUGAGAUGCUUCUGGAAGGGAAUUAUACUGAAAUAUACCUUUCUCUACCAGCGUUUUUUGAAUGCGAUAUCCCAUAAUGCGCAUAAAAAUAGGUGGAUGGAAACCGCGCUGAAGCACAACCAAAACAAUGUUCUUACGCAAAAUGCAUUCAGUUUUGAUUUUUAACCGCUAGAAGGCCAAAAGUUAUGGGGUUUUUUUUACAUUGCUUUUAAGUAAAAUUUAAAUAAUAACAAAUAAAUUUAAAUAAUAACAAAUCCUCUAUUGAACAAGUGAUACUUAGAUCAUAAUAUAAUUCAGCUGCUCGUUUCUAAACCAUUAUUAAUGUGUGUGAACCGCCUUAUGAACCGAUCCGAGAUGAUUUUCUGUCACUUCAGAAUAAAUAAAAAACAGAAGUUCUUUCCAGAUAGAUUUUCUGUUUCUUUUUAUUGUCAUAAUUCUGAAAUACAGAAUUUAAAGGGAGACAAAAGCAAGUUACACCGAUUGAGGCCUCGUGAACGGGUGUUUUAUGACUAGUCAUCUUCAUCAUGGACAGAUAAUGAAAGGAAACGUCACACAAAACUGAGAGUUCUGACAGUAAAAUGAAGUAUUCAGAGACUCUGAACAGUUUUCAAAAACACUGAGAAUAUGAGGAGAAACAAUGAAACUGAAUGAAUCACGCUUCAUCCACAAAUCUGUUUCUCUUUAAAGAACAAUUUCACCUACAAAUCAUCAUUUACUCACCCUAAUCUCACUUUCUCCUGUAUAUGAACACAAAAGGAGAUGUUUAGCACAAAAUACACAAUCCUGUUCAAAUAUACAGAAAUGCAAGCAAGAUUUGAAAGCUGCAACAAAGAGAAUAUUUGCAGUUUCUUUUUCCAUUUAGGAGUUGCAUGCAUGAAAAUAACUGCAUUAAAACUCACAGAAGAAACAAAGUCAAACCGGUUUGGAGUGACAUGAAGGAGAGUAAAUGAUCAUUUUAAGCUUAUUAACAGGUUCAUCUAAUUAUAAUGAGCUUCCUCGAAGGGCAACAACACUGAAUUAUUUCAGAAAUAACAAUAUAACAUCAGUCCUUUCUGUUCUGCUUUUGGAGAACCUUCUUUGCGGCCCCUUGUGGAAUUGAAAUAAUAAGAAAAUAAAAAAUGAAUAAAUAUAUAAAAUCAAACAUUAAAAAGUGUGUACGCGUUCCCGGUUCAUUUUCCUCUGCCUGGCUCUUUUUGUCGAGAGCCAAAGCCACAGUCCAUAUAAAAUUACCAAACCGCGGUGUGGGGCGGGUGGGGGAUGCACAUUUUUUAAACAUAUGCAUUUUUAGUUCCUCUUUUGUUCUGUUAUUAAAAGCAGAGUUUUGGACAAAUGGCAGCGGAGCUCCACCCGCUCUGAGACUGGCACACACACACACCUCUGAACUUCCUCUAUCUCACACACACACACACACACACACACACACACUCAGCGACCGCAUCGGAACAAUGGAAAGGGAAUUACGUCGCAUUCUGGAGCGAAUUGCACCCAGUUUUAUUUCUCCAUUAAAAGGCGAUUAAAUGACUCAAACUUUUGACCUGUGCUGCUCUUUAUGAUUAUGGAGUGACACGUACAGCUUUAUUUGGAAGCUUUCUGUCUUUUGCAUUGUGCAUUAAAUCUACAUGAGCUCUGAGAAGGGAAUCGUUUCAGAUAAAAACACUUAAAAGGCACUAGGGAUGAAAUCUGUUGGAAGACGGAUCGCCACACACACACACACA